CGUGGCACAUAAAAGUUGCCUUAUUUUGAUCAAAUUCUGUUGAAUUUUCAACUUUCUCUGGAAUUUUCUCAAUUGAGAAUGCAUUAUCUACGACAAGACAAGAAGGACGAAGAAGAUGGUCGAGGGUCGAAUCCUUUUCAAGGUUUAGACAAGGCAACUGCGCUUCAAGAGGCUAGAACAUUUAAUGAAAGUCCAAUUAACCCCAGGAGAUGUAUCCACAUUUUGACAAAGAUAUUGUAUCUUUUGAACCAAGGACAGCAAUUUGGAACAACUGAGGCAACCGAAGCUUUUUUUGCAAUGACCAAACUUUUCCAGUCUAAGGAUCCAAUGUUGCGUCGAAUGGUUUACCUUGCUAUAAAAGAACUAUCAACAGUUGCUGAAGAUGUUAUUAUUGUCACUAGUAGUUUGACCAAGGAUAUGACAGGUCGUGAAGAGGCAUAUUGUGCUAAUGCUAUCCGAGCUUUGUGUAUGAUCACUGAUGCAACAAUGUUGCAAGCAAUUGAGCGAUACAUGAAACAAGCCAUUGUGGAUAAAAGCCACAGUGUCUCGAGUAAUGCAUUGGUUUCAUCUUUGCACUUACUGAAAGGCAGUUAUGAUGUUGUCAAAAGAUGGGUUAAUGAGGCUCAAGAAAUGGUAUCCAGUGAUUCUGUAAUGGUUCAGUAUCAUGGUUUGGGCUUAUUAUAUCAUAUAAAGAAACAAGAUCGUUUAGCCAUUUCAAAAUUGUUGAAUAAAUUCACCAAGUCACAAAUGAAAUCUCCAUAUGCCAUGUGUAUGAUGAUCCGAAUUGCAGCAAAAUACUUGGAUGAAGAGGAAGAGGGGACCUCAAGUGCCUAUUAUGAUUUUCUUGAGAAUUGUCUUCGCCAUAAAAGUGAGAUGGUGAUUUAUGAGGCAGCUCGUGCCCUUGUUAAUUUGAAGAAUGUGGAAUCUCGUGACCUAUGUCCAGCUAUCUCUGUGUUACAAUUGUUCCUGAGUUCUCCAAGACCAACACUGAGGUUUGCCGCAGUGCGUACUUUGAAUAAAGUCGCAAUGACUCAACCAACAUCUGUUGCGAGUUGUAAUCUUGACCUCGAGAACCUUAUCACUGAUGUGAACAGGAGUAUUGCAACCUUGGCUAUCACUACCUUGUUGAAGACUGGAAGUGAAUCGAGUAUUGAUCGACUUAUGAAACAAAUUUCUUCGUUCAUGUCUGAAAUUUCUGACGAGUUUAAGAUUGUUGUUGUUGAUGCCAUAAAGUCCUUAUGUAUGAAGUUUCCCAGAAAGCAUUUGGUGAUGAUGACGUUUCUCUCUUCCAUGUUGCGCGAUGACGGCGGGUUCGAGUACAAGAAGGCAAUUGUGAACACCAUUAUUGACAUCGUGGAGGAGAACUCUGAGGCGAAGGAGUCAGGUCUUUCACAUCUGUGCGAGUUCAUUGAAGAUUGUGAACAUACUGUACUGGCUACACGUAUAUUACAUUUAUUGGGUCGCGAGGGACCUAGAACCCAGAAACCUGCCAAGUAUAUUCGCUUCAUUUAUAACCGUGUGAUCUUGGAAAAUGCCGCUGUCAGGGCAGCUGCUGUGACGACACUUGCGAAGUUUGGUGCUCAUUGUGAAUCACUCCUGCCAAGCAUUCAAGUAUUGCUCUCCCGCUGUCUGCUAGACACAGACGAUGAGGUUCGCGAUCGUGCGACGUUCUAUGUCAAUGUUUUAAAGCAACAGGACAAGGCUCUUUCGUCAGCAUACAUCUUAAAUGGGCUGCAGGUAUCCGUGGUUGGUUUAGAACGGGCUCUGAAUGCUUACGUCAAUGAAGCUCCGGAUGCACCAUUCGACAUCAAGACCGUUCCCUUGGCAACGUCUUCUAUGCAAGAACAAAUGGCUAAACCUGGAAAGCCAAGUAUAACUAAAACUGAGGCUCCCACAACUCAACCUUCUGUCGCUACAUCCAGACAAGAAGUUUAUGCAGAGCAACUUGCUGGAAUUCCUGAGUUUGCCGGUCUUGGUCCAUUAUUCAAAUCUUCAACUAAGCCACUGGAAUUGACUGAGUCCGAAACUGAAUAUGUUGUGCAUUGUGUGAAACACGUCUUUGCGCAUCAUAUUGUCUUUCAGUAUGAUUGUACAAACACGUUAAAUGAUCAAGUACUUGAAGAUGUAACUGUGGAUAUGGAGGUGUCUGAUGGUGAAUAUGAAAUCUUGAAGACAAUCCCAUGUCCGAGUCUACCAUACAAUACGCCGGGUACCACCUAUGUUCUUGUCAAAAUUCCUGAUGAUCAAACUGAAGUGACGGGGACAUUCUCAAAUAUGAUGAAGUUUAUAGUGAAAGAUUGUGACCCCAACACAGGUGAAGCAGAUGAAGAAGGUUAUAACGACGAAUAUGUGUUGGAAGACAUCGAAGUGGUUGUUGCCGACCAUGUUCAGCGAGUACUGAAGACGAAUUUCGCCGCUUCAUGGGAGGAAAUUGGGGAUAGUCACGAAAUGAAAGACACGUAUGCUUUGUCGCAGAUGAAGAGUUUGGAAGAUGCUGUCAAGCAAAUUAUCGAGUAUAUGGGUAUGCAACCUUGCGAACGGUCGGACCGAGUUUCGUCCGACAAGAAAUCUCACGUCCUUCUCUUGGCUGGCUGCUACCGUGGCGGUCACGAUGUUCUCGUACAAACAAAGCUCGCGUUCAGUGAUGGAGUCACCAUGCAAAUCACCGUGCGAAGUUCGGAGGCAACCGUUUCCGAAGUCGUUCUGUCAGCUGUCGGUUGAUCAUUCACAUAUAUAUGAAAUUUAUUAAGAAUGCUCGUUGCAUU